AUGACUUCCUCAAUAUCCACCGUUGAUCCACCCACCGGACCACCACCGGAAUAUUCUUCCGACGGCUUUGACCGGCUGCCGGAUGUUAUCAUCCUCACAAUCCUGAACAACAUAUCCGAUAUCAAAACACUAACCCGGUGCCGAACCGUGUCACGCCGGUUCAACUCACUCGUCCCUCAAUCCGAGUCACUCGUCCUCCGAGUUGACCGAGUCAUCUCAGUCGACUCGGAGGACGACAAUGACCACGUAUCCGUGAUCAUUGGUUUUUUCAAAUCCGUUGUGAAAUCUUUUCAUGACUUCAUAUCCCCGCCUCAAAGCAGUAGUAGCAGUAGCAGUAGUAGCAGCAGUAUUUUCUAUCAUGAGUCACAAUAUUCGCCAGUCAUGAUUCUUCGAGGAUUCGAGAGAAUUCGAGAGCUGGAUAUCGAGUUACCUACCGGGGAUUUAUGGUUAGAGAAGCGAGCCGGGGUUAAAUGGACCGCGGAAUUCGGUAAGACGUUGAAGAGUUGUGUGAUCCUGGGGUACCGGUGUGGUGGUGUUAGUGAGUCGGAUUUAGGCGGUGGGGGUGGAUUGAAGACGCGAGUUGUGUGGACGAUAAGCGCGUUGAUCGCAGCGUCCGCGAGGCAUUAUAUGGUGAAAGAAAUUGUUAAAGAGAAUAUGCAUUUGAAGAAAUUGAUAGUGAGUGAUAGGGAAAAUGAAGGAAGUGUGGUUAUGAAUGAGUUAGGUAUAAAAGAGUAUAGAGAGGACAAAGGCGAAAAUGAAGAGGAACAACAAGUGCAAAACGAUGAUAUUGAUCGCGUGUGGUGGAGGAAUAGUCGAACUAGAGUGCCCGCGGUUAGGAUGAGAAUGCGACACGAGGCGAAGUUAGAGUUGUCAAAUGGUGUAGUUAUGGAAGGUGCGACUUUGGUGGUGGUUAGACCUACCGCGAAUGCGGGUGGUGUGGAAGGGGACGAGGAGGAACGAUGGGACGAAGGAUUGGUGGCCGCGGGUGGAGGGUUCGACGGGGUGUAUGGCGAGGCAUUUGUGAAACUGAUCAAACGAAGGAGUUAUCUUCUUGAAAUGAAUUCGUUCUAG